AGAGGCACUUUCUAAAUCUGAAAUUUUUAGAUGCCAUAGAUUAUAUUUAAAUCAAUUUCCUUUUUUUUAAAGUAAGCUCUACGCCUAAUGUGGGGCUCACACUCAUGACCCCGAGAUCAAGAGUCACGUGCUCUACAGACUGAGCCAGCCAGGUGCCCCCAAUUUCCUUUUUUUGUUUUUAAGAUUUUAUUCAUUUGAGAGAGCACACAAGCACGGGGAGAGGAAAAAGCAGACUUCCUGCUGAGCAGGGAGCCCGAUGAGGGGCUCGAUCCCAGGACCUGGAGAUCUUGACCUGAGCCAAAAGCAGAUGCUUAACCAUCUGAGCCACCCAGGCGCCCCUCCCCAGAUUUCGUUUUUAAGUUUUUCCUUUAGUGACCCUUUUUCUAUCAUAGCAUCAAUAAUAGAAGUCCCAAAAGCAGUGAAAGAAAGCGAGCAAUAAAAGUGAUUUAGACAUGAGAUGUAUCUGAAACCUCUGAAUCCCUUUGGAGGUGGAAACUCACUUGCCCCGUAGGAAAGCGAAGCCACAGAGGGAAAUGUUGGCUUCAGUGUGGCGUAAACCUGGAGCUGAUUAGAGCAGCUUGAAGGGAAGCCUGGGUGGUUAAAGACCUGAGAACAUUAUUUCAAGCUGGACCCACUGUGGGCACGGACAUGCCUCUUGUUUUCCCAGGGAACUGCAGAGGGGGGAGUUGCCAGAAGUUAGAAGACAGGAAGACAAAUCAGACUUCUUCGUUAGAAUUGAAUGUUGUCAAGGACUCCAGAUGCUCAGAUUGUGAUCUCUCCUCCCCCCAGGAUUUGCUUUGGGUCAAAGAGCCUUAGGAAGCUGAUUUUGUUUUUAUUUUAUUUAUUUAUUUUUAAAGGUUUUUUAUUUAUUUGAGAGAGAGAGAGGGAGAAGCAGACUCUCCACUGAGCAGGGACCCGACUUGGGGCUCGAUCCCAGGACUCUAGGAUCAUGACCUGAGCCAAAGGCAGACGUUUAACCGACUGAGCCACCCAGGCGCCCCCUGAUUUUGUUUCUAAAUAGAAAGUUUUAACAUCUGUGCCAUACAAGUCAGUGGUUAUCCUCCCUCCCUCUGAAGAUACAGCACAGAUGACCUGAGCAUGAGGUCCUGGAAUUUGGUCCCGAAGGCUUAAGACUGUGUCCCUGAUGGGCUGAGGGAGCCCUGGGGGUCUUUAUCCUUUUCCUUGCCCUCUUCCUGGCUCCCCAGCUUGGCAACAGCAGGCUGUGGACUAGGUUCUGCGCUUCCCUUGCCCCAUUCUCUGUGCCCACCGGCUGCAGCCACAGCUGGGUCAGGCCCCCAGCGGCAGGCCCCCAUGCAGGCAGCCCUCUAGCCUGUCUGAGCCGGUGGCUCCUUCUGCCCUCAUAUGUCUUGCUCAUGGCCCUUCCUACCCCUCCUCUUUUAGAGUGCCGGCAUCAGUGGGGAGGUGGAAUCCAGAGUCAGUCAUUCUGAUUGACCUUUCCUAAGCUUUUCCUUUCUGUGGCCACACUAGAAAUUCCCUUCCUCCUGGUGUCCCUGGGAGCUGCUGUGCAUGGUAGUGGCUGUGGUCAGCCAGUGAGGCUGUUAACAAGGCAUGUUUAGUAUUAAGAGCAUGUGUUUACACAAGAAGACAGCCCUGGCAGGGCCAAGGUCUCUGGUUAGCUUGCACAUCCCUUCACAUAGGAUCCCUGGACAUUAAACAGGCUGUCAUGGGAGACUGCGCCAAAAGCAGGACCCCAUCAUGUCCUCAGGCCAGGGAGCAGUGCUCACGACCAUGGGUUCAGAGUCGAGCCCUGGGCCGCUCCUCGGGCCAGCACGUUUUGCUGGGUAGAUGGACAGAACAAAGUGCCAGUAGCCACACAGUGGAACAAGAGUGCGGUCUUGAGGUGUAAGUGAUGGAUGCGGGUACUCACUUUGCUUCACGUGCUCAUUCCUGCAGUUGGGGCUCCCAUCCCUCCCCGGGAUGAGCUACGCUUGCUCAGCAGGCUUGGACCCUACAAGAGGCUUCUGUCUCCCCAAUCCAGGGAGGAGGAGAAGCUUACUUCGGGCUCUGCCUUACAGCUGCCGUGCUAAGGGCUUUUAUUUUCCUGUCUGUUGAGUGGUGGUGGUCUUGACUUGCAGAAACAUGAGUGGUGAAAAUUACCAGGAGAUAAUGCUGAACAUCAGAUUGAAAGACAUAAUGUGGCCAAGUUUGUGGCCUCUAACCCUGUUGGUUCUGUUUGGAAAAACGGAGCGUUGAGGCAGCUGGGGCCAGAGGGGCUCUGACCACUCCAUUUCCUGGGUGUUUUCUCCUUUCCAUGUGCGUUGUUUCGAGGUACUGUCUCUGGUUUUACUUUACGCUGAGAAUUCUUGGAUUCCCCUGUUGGAAAUGAAACACUGACAGGCUUCGUUCCAUCUCCUUCCUCUGGUGGCAGCCUGAGCUUUUCACUGGCCGGGAGGUGACGGCCUGUGGUGGUCGCGCGCCCUGCCCCUGCCACGGCUGGAGACCAUCCCGAUCUCUCCUCCCACUGAGGUGAUGGCCUCACCCCCUCGUUGGGGGAUGCUUGACCCUGGGGACUGCCGAGGUAGGGGCUGCACGGAUUUUGCACACUUGGCAUCAUUAAUCCCCAAAGCUAGCCAAUCAUGGAAUUCUAAACACGUUGCUGUGCAGCCUUCACAAGCUUGGACCCUUCAGAGGUCUAGGAAAACACCCAAAGAUAGCAAAAAUAUGUGUUGGGUCUAAUUUUAUUUCUAAGACAGUUGUUGCUACAGAAGAGACGGAAACCAGGUUUAGCUGUAAAAUUUAUCGAUGUUCCGAAGCAGAGAGAGAGAUUGGAUGCUGCCUGCAUCCUGACAGCAGCGGCUGGAAGAAUCGAGCCUGUCGGUCCGCUGGCUGUGAGAGGCGGGGCGCGGGCGGGGCUGCGCGAGGGGCGAGCACGGCCCCCCACCCCCGCCGCAGGCCGGCUCUGCGGUGUUCACCGUGUUACUAGCCAGUAUAGGGUGGAUGAAGUGUGAUCUCAGAUGACGAAUACGGAUGGAGUACUCAUGAGAACCUUUUGUCUGAACUUUCCGAGCUCUUACGGGACUGUGAGCUCAGCAUCUAAGGUUUGGUUUUUAUUUUUGUUUUGGGGCAGGAUUGUGACAGCCCAUCGGUCCGAUGAGCUGCUCCCUGCUGGUGCUAAGACCCGCAGGAAAUGCCGAGCAGGCGGGGCCCUGCCUUCCCCUUGGCCGUGCCCUCUGUGGGGAUUUUCACAGUGUUGGAAGGGGGAGCCUGGCUUCACGGUAGUCCCCAUUUUCGGCAGAUGGUUUCUUCACGUCCACUAACUGCAGCAUGUGUCCUCAUGCUCAGUCUGUGGACUGAGGAGUCACUGGACUCCUCACACUUGGAAAAGAACCACAGCCCUUCUAUUCGGCUGAGCUUUUCCCAGGGGUCUUCUGGCAAGAGGCAGGGCAGGUACGACAGGCAGGUGACCGGUCCCCGAAAGCUGUGAUGUCCGUUAGCUCUGGCUUGUCUGUGGAAUGGAGAGGGCGUGGGGGUCCUCACCCAGAAAAGGGGCAUCUGCUUCUCUGUGAGAAGGAAAAUGUGCAAAGGGUUUACUUAGUACCUAAGAGGCACCUGACUGACAAAUAGGAAUUUCCCUCCCUUCACUGCCCCCCCUCCCCGCCUCUGGGUCGGUGCUGGCAUUAGAACACGUGCUUCUCCGCCCAGUGCCGCCUGUGGCGGGCGCGACAUCCUGGCUGGGACCUGGGGCCUCGCGGGGGCAGCUCCUGCCUGGCCAGGACUGAACUAGGGAAGUCUCUCUUCCAGCCGUAGCCCCACAGUGAGCAGCUCUCCCCGGGGACAGGGGGACAGCGGGAGCCCAGUGUCCAGGAGGCGGGGCUGCUGUGCGGGGAGUUGGUGGGGCCCGUUCCGCUGACACCCAGCGCCCUCCCUUCCCUCAGCGCGCCCCCACCGCCUUUCUCUGCCGCCCUCCCCAGGCCAGGCCCUGCAGGGUCUAAACAGCAUCACCAGGACAACAAGCCGAGUCCACUGAGCUGCCCACGUGCUUCCAAUUUCCUGGCUGUAAAGACUGAUUAGGAAGCGUUGCUCCUCAGCCACGAAGACUGUUAUUAGUUCUUUGGGUUUUUUUUGUUUUUUUAAAGAUUUUAUUUAUUUAUUUGAGAGAGAGAAUGAGAGAGAGAGCACAUGAGAGGGGGGAGGAUCAGAGGGAGAAGCAGACCCCCUGCUAAGCAAGGAGUCUGAUAUGGGACUCGAUCCCGGGACUCCAGGAUCAUGACCUGAGCCGAAGGCAGUCGCUUAACCAAUUGAGCCACCCAGGUGCCCAGUUCUUUGUUUUAUAAGCCUUUUCCUUCCUCAGACCGGUGACCGGGGCUCAGUGCAGGUCAGCCCCUGCCGCUUCUGUACGACCCGGGUGACUCCCUCCCGCGGCUGAGCUCGCGAGUGCCGCGAUGGCCUGGCCGCCGCCCGCAGACCUGAACUUCACAGGAGGGCCCAGAGCCCUUGGGCGACCGGGAGACCGGAAGGCCCAGCAGCUCCUGAGGCUGUGUGGUGGCCCAGAGACGCGGCUGUCCCGGCUCUGGUCCCGCAGCGGGACUGGGCCAGCCGCUGUGCCCCAAGGCUAGGGAAAGGGAGUCACUCCUAGAGGGGAACAGCCUUGACCUUGUCCUCUCAGGCAGACUUGGGACUUGAGGACUCCUGAGGUCACCCCGUAAUCCUCUGUCUUACCGUCUAGUGUGGGGGACCCUGAUCUCCUGACAGUAGGGUGGGUUGGUUGGUUGGUUGGUUUGAAUUGCUUCCUCUAUACUCUCCCUGUAAAAGCCCCAAAAGGAAUAACCAGCUCCUUUUCCUGCCUUUUGUGCUCUAGAUAGGCAAGCCGUGGUAGCUUAAGCCCUGGUGUGCUAUGCAAGCUGCCACCCUUCGCCUAGCUGCACACGUGCAUGGCGGCCUUGGGGCCGGCAGCUCGGCGGCUUUCAGUCCCGAUCACUCGCCUGCUCUGGCCCCCCACCCCAUGAGCUGUGAGUGGCCCGCAUCGGCCUGGCUACCAGCUCCAGGCUAGGGGGUGUGAGAAGCUGCUACUUGGAGUCCUAGCUGGCAUGGUGCCGGCGGGGGACCCUGGACCAGUGGCCUCAACCUCCCACUCCACAGAGGAGGAAGCCAGUGUCGGGCGAGGGGAGGCCCCAGGGGCAGGACAGGGAGCCAGGCCUGGGCUUCCUGCCUGGUUCAAAAGGAGGAGAUGUGGCAGGGCGAGGCCUGGGAAGGAUGAAAGUUGCUGCACGCUGUCCAGCUUCUAGGCCAGGGCUGUUUGGUGCAGUUGUCCAGUUAACCCUUGAAAAGCAUGGGUCCACUUAUAUGGGGCUUGCUUUUUUUUUUUUUUUUUAUAAAUUUUUUGUAAAUACAGUCCAAUGCUGUAAAUAUAUUUUUUCUUCCUUACGAUUUUCUUAAUGACAUCUUUUCUCUAGCUUUCUUCAUUGUGGGAAUACAGUUUAUAAUACGUAUCGCACACAGAAGAUGUAUUGAGCAACCAUUUCUGUUACUGGUAAGGCUUCUGGUCAACAGUAGGCUGUUAGUAGUUAAGUUUGGGGAGAGUCAAAAGUUAUACAGAGAUUUUCAACUGCAUGGGGAGGUCGGCGCCCCAACCCCCACAUUGUUCAAGGGUCAACUUAGUGUGAGCCACAAAUGCAAGCCCAAGCCACAUGUGUAAUUUUAAGUUUUCGAGUAGCCACAUUUUAAAAAAAGUAAAAAGCAGAUGAAAUUGAUUUUUAAAAGUAUAUUUCAUUUAACACAGUGUAUCCAAAAUAUUGUGGCUUUAAUCAAGAUAAAAAAAAAAUCACUGAUGAGGUAUUUCACAUCUUUUUUUCCACACUGAGUCUUUGAGUUCCAACGACUGAAAUCUUGUGGCUGCCGUGUGGGACCGUGCAGGUCUCCACGGAGGCUCUGUCCCAUCCUGGCCACCUAAAUGACCCUUGUCUUUCUCACAUAUUUCUUUGUCCCUCUCCCUUCUCCUGUGCUUUGGUCUUGGGGGUCAGAGUCACUGCCAUGUGACUAGGAGCAUCUCCCAGACGAGGCUGUUCCUGCCGGCUGCAUGUCAGCCCCUAUCUGGGGCACUGGGGCCUGAUUUGAUUCGGCAUUAGACAGUCACGCCAGGAAUUCAACUCUUGUUUUUCUUGCCAUGAAUCAGUUAGCCCUAAUCUCGGGCGUGUGAGAGCCUCCUGUGCCGCUUAUUUAUUUCCAGGAGAGCCUCUGCAGACAGGAGACAGAGCUCAACCGUUCCAAAUCUCAGUCUGGUUGCCUUUUGCCUCCUGCCAUCAGCAGCCGGGGUCUGCAUCCCUCUACCCUGUCCAGCUUCGAGGGGGUGGGGGGGCUCCCCUUGCUGCUCCUCUCCCGGGGCUGGAGUCUAGACAUCUUUUUCCCCUGGGCCCCCUACCUCCAAUGACCACCACCUCCCAGGAAGGAGCCCUGAGUUCUCAGGGAGGCAGGCCAGGGGGCUGAGGGCUGCAGUCUCCUGCCUCCCGUCUUGGCUCUCCUGGGCUCGUCCAAUCUCAAAGAUAAGGAAGUGAGCUCUGUGGUUGGAGAUGAGAGGCUGGCGCAUUCAGGGCUGGCUCCUGGAUCCUGCAGUCAUUUAAACAAUGGCCCCUUUCUGAGGACAGUUGAUUGCAGGCCUGCUAGUAGUGGUUCAAAGAAAAUUGUCACCCAGCAAUAACAUGGAGGAGAGGCUGGGGUGGGGGUGCAUGGCCUCUAGGCCUGGCCUUCCAUCUCUGGCUCCAGCUCACACUCAACCGGGAGCGGAGCUUUGGAUACCCUCAGCUUCCUUGUUGCUACUUGUCAAGGCCCCCUGGUGCCCUCCUCACCCCCGCUGUCCCCCUAGCCCCUCCCCUGCCAGGAUGGGUGACUCCUGUGUCCCCUUUCCAGGACCAGGUUCAGUGGCUUGUCCAUGAGACGCAGCCAAAAGGGACUCCAACCUCUUCUGUCCCACUUGGGCAUGUGACCAGUCUCAGUUGUCCCCCUGUCCUCUCUAGUUGGAGGGAUCCAUCUCUACGUCUUCUCUGUUUUCUGCCCUCAGCUAGGCUUUACCAGAAUGUCCCCCAUGCCCCGAAGCAAGCAUGGCCGCAUCCCUCCUCUUUGCUACUCGUCCAGCCCGCCCUCCACCAACGCUGUCAUGGUUCCAGGGAGUGGCGCUCUGGCUGUAGAAGGAUUCUUCGACUUGGGCAGUGAAAGGAGGGCCUGCAAAUAGGGGAGCACCGCAGGAGAAGGCAGCUAGCAAGAUGGCCUGCCUGGCACUCGAUGCAAGGAAGAGGCCAAUAAACUGGCACCAUGUCCACCCCAUCUGACUCCAGAAAAGCCACGAGGGGCCCCUUCUGGGGGACCGAGUGAGGAGAGGCCGGCAGCAAAACCCAAGUACAGUGGGUUCCCAGGGGGCUCAGCCAGACCCUAGGCUCAGCAGCACCUGGAGGCUAAUGCUGGGGGUCCUGGGGCAAGGGGCGCAGGGGGCAUCCCAGCCCCUCCGGAGCUGGUCUGAGACUCUUCGGAGGAUCCCAGAGCCACAGACAGGAUGACACUGAGCCAGCCAGGAAGGUCAGGCAGUGGGACUGUGGGGUUGUCGUCUGGGGAGGCGACUGGGUGGUGGCCGCUUUUAAAAUGUACCUUGUGCCAGUUGUCUGGGGUGAAUGCCCCCUGUGGCUGCCCCAUAGUGGUGAUGGGGAGCAGCGCCCCCUCUGCCGGGGGUGGGGUGAGAGCUGUGGGUGGGGGCAUGCCUGAUCGCCUGAUGGCCAGGUGCCCUGUGCUGCCUGAGCUCUGAGGCCGGGCCUCUGUCCAUCUGCAGCCCUGUCCCUCCGGGGCCCGGCUCUUUUCCCGUCUGGGUGUGAUCUCUGCCGGUUCCCUCUGGGUGUGUGGGUGUAACAAGUCCGAACCUUCUCUGGGAGUCGGGCAGGCUCGGGCGCCCCGCCCUCUGGGCUGUGCCCUUUCCUCCCCGAACUGGUUGUGCAGGAGCAGCCGAGUGUGGGCAGUGUGGGUGCGUGGGUGGCAGCCCGGCCCACGCUCGCUCGCUGCCUCAGCUGCGGGGAGGGGCCUCCCAGAAACCGCCUUCCCGGUGCCCGGCCACCCCACCUCACCAGAGCCCAGCCAAGCAGCCAGCAAGGACACACGCCUGCUGCCCGCCACCUGCCUGCACCGGCCGAGCCCAGCCUGCUCCGGCACCUGCCUUUACGACCAUGUUCAAGGGUCUGAGCAAAGGCUCCCACGGGAAGGGGUCCCCCAAGGGCUCCCCGGCCAAGGGCUCUCCCAAGGGCUCCCCCAGCAAGCACAGCCGGGCUGCCACCCAGGAGUUGGCCCUGCUCAUCUCCCGCAUGCAAGCCAAUGCUGACCAGGUGGAGAGGCACAUCCUGGAGACCCAGAAGAGACUGCAGCAGGACCAGCUGCACAGUGAGCAGAGCCAGGCCCUGCAGCACCAGCAGGAGGUGGGCCGCAGCCUGAAGGAGGCCGAGGUGCUGCUGAAGGACCUCUUCCUGGAUGUGGACAAGGCCCGGCGGCUCCAGCACCCGCAGGCCAAGGAGAUUGAGAAGGACAUCAAGCAGCUGCACGAGCGGGUGACCCAGGAGUGUGCCCAGUACCGUGUCCUGUAUGAGAAGAUAGUGCUGCCGCCGGACGUGGGGCCCAGGGUCGACUGGACGCGUGUGCUGGAGCAGAAACAGAAGCAGGUCUGCGAGGGCCGGUUCGGGCCGGGCAUGCCAGAGCUGGAGGAACAGGUCGCCGAGCACAACAUCCUGCAGAAGGAGAUCGAGGCCUACGGGCAGCAGCUCCGGAACCUCAUCGGGCCGGACGCAGACACCAUCAGGAGCCAGUACCGGGACCUCCUGAAGGCGGCCUCGUGGCGCGGGCAGAGCCUGGGCAGCCUGUACACGCACCUGCAGGGCUGCACGCGCCAGCUAAGUGCCCUGGCCCAGCAGCAGCAGAGCAUCCUGCAGCAGGACUGGAGCGACCUCCUGGCGGACCCCGAGGGCGUGCGGCGGGAGUACGAGCACUUCAAGCAGCACGAGCUGCUGAGCCAGGAGCAGAGCGUGAACCAGUUGGAGGAUGAUGGGGAGCACAUGAUGGAGCUGGGGCACCCGGCUGUGGGGCCCAUCCAGACCCACCAGGAGGCCCUGAAGAUGGAGUGGCAGAACUUCCUAAAUCUCUGCAUCUGCCAGGAGAGCCAGCUGCAGCACGUGGAGGCCUACCGCCGGUUCCAGGAAGAGGCCGACUCGGUCAGCCAAACCCUGGCAAAGCUGAACUCCAGCCUGGACGCCCAGUACAGCCCAGCCUCAGGGGCGCCCCCUGGUGCCCCCACAGAGCUGCUGCAGCAGCUGGAGGCAGAGAAGAAGCAGCUGGCUGUCGCUGAGAAGACCAUUAGGGACCUGCAGUGGCGUAGCCAACAGGUGGCCCCUCUGCAGCAGCGCAGGAACCCGCCCCAGCAGCCCCUGCAUGUGGACAGCAUCUGCGACUGGGACUCAGGAGAAGUGCAGCUGCAGCGGGGUGAGCGGUAUUUGCUGUUGGACAACACUGACCAGCACACCUGGGUCGUUCAAGGCCCAGGUGGGGAGACCAAACGUGCGCCAGCCGCCUGCUUCUGCAUCCCAGCUCCGGACCCUGAAGCCGUGGCCAUGGCCUCCAAGCUGGCCUCGGAGCUGCAGGGCCUGAAGCAGAAAUUGGGCACAGUCCAGAGCCACCUGACGGCCAGUGCUGAGCGGCCCUUAAAGACUGGCCAGCAGGCUCCCACUGGCUCAGCCCCAGGAGACCCACAGGCCCAGAAGCUCCUGACACAGAUGACUCGGCUGGAUGGAGACCUGAAGCAGAUAGAGAAGCAGGUGCUGGCCUGGGCCCGGGCCCCGCUGAGCCGCACGACACCACUGGAGGACCUGGAGGGCCGCAUCCAAAGCCACAAGGGGACAGCCCAGCAGCUGCAGGUCCUAGGAGCAGAGAAGGAGGCGGCCCAGCAGGAGUGUGAGGCGUUUCUGUCCACCCGGCCUGGGGGCCCCACUGCCCUGCACCUGCCCCUGGCUCUCAACAGUGUCAAGAACAAGUACAGCGACGUGCUGGUUCUCUGCAACCUCUACGGGGAGAAGGAGAAGAUGUUGCAAGAUGUCGGCCUCACCUACCAGCAGUUCAAGAACUGUACGGACAACUUGAGCUUCUGGCUGGAGCACCUGCCCCGCAACCAGGUGCGGCCCAGCGAUGGGCCCAGCCAGAUCGCCUACAAGCUGCAGGUGCAGAAGAGGCUGCAGCAGGAGGUCCAGGGCCGAGAGCAGGACAGGGCCAUGGUGUCCCGCCUCUCCCAGGACCUGCAGGCAGCUCUCCAGGACUACGAGCUGCAGGCGGCCACCUACCACUGCUCCCUGGAGACCACCCAGGCAGGCUCAGCCCCCAAGAGACCCCGCGUGGCUCCCCUGCAGGAGAGCAUCCAGGCGCAGGAGAAGAGGCUGACAAAGGCCUACACCGAGCUCACAGCUGCACACCAGUGGCAGCUGCACCAGCUGGAAUUUGCCAGAAGGAUGCUGGAGAAGAAGGAGCUCAGUGAGGAUAUCCAGGUGACCCAUGACACAUGGCAGGGGUCUGAGGGCCCGGCCAGAGCAGGGAGGGAGUCCGAGGCCCUGAAGUCCCAGCUGGAGGAGGAGAGGAAGCGGGUCGCACAGGUGCAACAGGAGCUGGAGGAGCACAGGAACCAGCUGCUGCAGCUGAGGACACAGCGGCCCUUGGAGAGGCUGGAAGAGAAGGAAGUGGUGGAGUUCUACCGGGACCCCCAGCUGGAGAGCAGCCUGUCCAAGGUGAAGUCCCAGGUGGAGGAUGAAGGCAAGAAGCGGGCCGGCCUGCAGGCAGACCUGGAGGCGGUGGCCCAGAAGGUCGUCCAGCUGGAGAGCAAGAGGAGGGCCAUGCAGCCUCACCUGCUGACCAAGGAGGUCACCCAGAUCGAGAGGGACCCCGGCCUGAGGAGCGAGGCGGCCCAGCUCAGCGGCGAGAUCCAGCAUCUGCGGGGGGAGAACGCCACCGCCUCGGCCCGGCUAGAGGUGCUAAAGAAGGAGCUGCUGGCCCUGGAGCAGAAGGCGCCGAACGUGAAGGAGAAGGUCGUGGUGAAAGAAGUGGUCAAGGUGGAGAAGGACCUGGAAAUGCUGAAGGCAGCCCAGGCCCUGAGGCGGCAGUUGGAGGAGGACACGGGGCGGAGGAAGGCGGCGGCCGAGGCUGUGGCCAAGCUGCAGUCUCGCAUUGAAGACCUAGAGCGCGCGAUCAGCGCCGUGGAGCCCAAGGUGAUCGUGAAGGAGGUGAAGAAGGUGGAGCAGGACCCAGGCCUUCUCGAAGAGGCGUCCAGGCUGAGGAGCCUCCUGGCAGAGGCCAGGAGCAAGAACGUGACACUGACAUGGGAGCUGGAGGACCUGCGUGGCAAGUACAGCGUGGUGGAGAAGCAGAAGCCCAAGGUAGAGCUCCAGGAGCGUGUCCACGAGACCUUCCAGGUGGCUCCCGAGACGCAGCAGGAGAUGACGCGGCUCCGGGCCCAGCUGCAGGAGACGGCCAGCAAGAGGAGCCGCGUGGAGCAGGAGGUGGAGGGGCUGCUGCCCGACCUGGCUGCCCUCCGGGCCCAGAAGCCAGCAGUGGAGUACAAGGAGGUGACGCAGGAGGUGGUGAAGCACGAGAGGAGCCCCGAGGUGCUGCGGGAGAUCGACCGCCUGAAGGCCCAGCUCAACGAGCUGGUCAACGGCAGCGGGCGGGCCCAGCAGCAGCUCAUCCGGCUGCGGGGGGAGCGCGAUGAGUGGAAGCGGGAGCGGUCCAAGGUGGAGACCAAGACGGUGAACAAGGAGGUGGUGCGCCACGCGAAGGACCCGGUCCUGGAGAAGGAGGCCGAGCGGCUGCGCCAGGAGGUGCGAGAAGCCGCCCAGAAGAGGCGGGCCGCCGAGGACGUGGUCCACGAGCUGCAGAACAGGUACCUGCUGCUGGAGAGGAGGCGGCCCGAGGAGAAGGUGGUGGUGCAGGAGGUGGUGGUCACUCAGAAGGACCCGAAGCUCCGCGAGGACCACAGCCGGCUGAGCCGGAGCCUGGACGAGGAGGCGGGCCGCCGGCGGCAGCUGGAGCGGGAGGUGCAGCAGCUCCGGGCCGGCGUGCAGGAGCAGGAGAGCCUGCUUAGCUUCCAGGAGGACCGGAGCAAAAAGCUGGCCGUGGAGAGGGAGCUGCGGCAGCUGACCUUGAGGAUCCAGGAGCUCGAGAAGCGGCCUCCCGUGGUGCAAGAGAAGAUCAUCAUGGAGGAGGUGGUCAAGCUGGAGAAGGACCCGGCUCUGGAGAAGUCCACGGAAGCCCUGCGGCAGGACCUGGACCAGGAGAAGACCCAGGUAACAGAGUUGCAUCGGGAGUGCAAGAACCUGCAGGUCCAGAUCGAUGUCCUCCAGACCACCAAGUCGCAAGAGAAGACCAUCUACAAGGAAGUGAUCAGGGUGGAGAAGGACCGGGUGCUGGAGGGCGAGCGGUCCCGGGCGUGGGAGGUGCUUAACAGGGAGCGCUCGGCCCGGCAGAGCCGGGAGGAGGAGGUGCGUCACCUCCGGGAGCGGCUGGACAGGGCCGAGGCGCUGGGGAGGACCUGGGCCCGGGAGGAGGCUGAGCUCCAGAGGGCCCGGGACCAGGCGGACCAGGAGCGCAGGCAGCUGCAGCAGGAGCUGCGGGAGCUGGGGAGGCAGAAGCAACGGAAAGUGCUGCAGCUGCAAGAGGAGGCGCAGCUGCUCACCCAGAAGACAGAGAGCGAGCGGCAGAAGGCCGCUCAGCAGGGCCAGGAGCUCUCGCAGCUCGAGGCGGCCAUCCUCCGCGAGAAGGACCAGAUCUACGAGAAGGAGAGGACCCUCCGGGACCUCCACGCCAAGGUGAGCAGGGAGGAGCUCAACCAGGAGACCCAGACGCGAGAGACCAACCUUUCCACCAAGAUCUCCAUCCUCGAACCUGAGACAGGGAAGGACAUGUCCCCGUACGAGGCCUACAAGAGGGGCAUCAUCGAUCGAGGCCAGUACCUCCAGCUCCAGGAGCUCGAGUGCGACUGGGAGGAGGUCACCACCUCGGGCCCCUGUGGCGAGGAGUCUGUGCUCCUGGACCGCAAGAGCGGGAAGCAGUACUCCAUCGAGGCCGCCCUGCGCUGCCGGCGCAUCUCCAAGGAGGAGUACCAUCUCUACAAGGACGGCCACCUCCCCAUCUCCGAGUUCGCGCUGCUCGUGGCCGGGGAGACCAAGCCCUGCUCCUCGCUCUCCAUUGGCUCCAUCAUCUCCAAGUCCCCGCUCGCCUCCCCAGCCCCCCAGGGCCCCGGCUGCUUCUCUCCCAGCGUCUCCUUCGGGCUCAGCGAUGACAGCUUCCCCAUUGCUGGCAUCUACGACACAACCACAGACAACAAAUGCACCAUCAAGACGGCCGUGGCCAAGAACAUGCUGGACCCCAUCACGGGGCAGAAGCUGCUGGAGGCCCAGGCGGCCACAGGGGGCAUCGUGGACCUCCUCAGCCGGGAGCGCUACUCCGUGCACAAGGCUGUGGAGAGGGGGCUGAUCGAGAACACUUCGACGCAGAGGCUGCUCAACGCCCAGAAGGCCUUCACUGGCAUUGAGGAUCCCGUCACCAAGAAGAGGCUGUCGGUGGGCGAGGCCAUCCAGAAGGGCUGGAUGCCGCAGGAGAGCGUGCUCCCCCACAUGCAGGUGCAGCACCUGACCGGGGGGCUCAUCCACCCCAAGAGGACCGGCCGCAUCCCUGUCCCUCAGGCCGUGCUCUCCGGAAUGAUCAGCGAAGAGCUGGCCCAGCUCCUGCAGGAUGAGUCCAGCUACGAGAAGGAUCUGACAGACCCCAUCUCCAAGGAACGGAUGAGCUACAAGGAGGCCAUGGGGCGCUGCCGGAGAGACCCCCUGAGCGGCCUGCUCCUGCUCCCGGCCGCGCUGGAGGGGUACCGCUGCUGCCGCCCUGGCUCCCCCCGGGUGCUGCGCUGACGCGGCCAAGCGGUCAUGGGGAGCGCGUGUGGGGGGCGGGCGGACGGCAGGCACCCUCACCCCCAGAGCAGCCUAAUCCGAGGGGCGGGUCUUCCCUCUGUCUGAUCGCGGUGCUAUUACUCCAAAGUUUGCGAUGGUGGACCCCCUCCCCUAACUCUGCUGCCCAGUCCUUCCCCCGACCCCGAGAUCAGCACAUCUGUUUUUCCUCCCCGCUCCCCCACCCGGUGCUUCCAAUAAACGAAUUCUCCCAGC